AUGAAGAGAAACAACGCAUUGCCAAACAACCACUUUGGUAAAACAGCCAAGCGAAUCAGGACGUGGUUUGAUCAGGCGGCGAAGAAGACCAGCAGGCGAUCAAAGAGGGAGGAGAAGGCAAGGACGACGUAUCCGGAGCCAACGAAGAAGCUCAGGCCGGCCGUACGAUGCAACACAAUCCGCCACAACAGGAAGGAGAGACUGGGAAAUGGAUUCACGCCAGAAGAGUGCCAUACGGCUGGAAUUGACUACAAGUACGCCAGAACCAUUGGAAUAGCAGUGGAUAAGAGAAGGAAAAACACGAAUCGGGAUACGUUCUACCAGAAUGUACAGAGACUCACUGAGUAUCAGAAGGGUAUAAAGAUCUGGAGCAGUAGGAGACAGGCUAAAGAGGCAGGAGUGAAGCAGCACAAGGGUGUUGUGAUGCCACUGGUCAAGAAGGAGAAGACUGUGGAUGUGAUUACGCCUGCAGAAGUAGGAAGUAUUUAA